CUCUCUCUCUCGUGCUCUUCGCUCGACGACACACGAAAACCGGAAAGCCAAAGUUUUCCACAGCCAGGCUGCUGUCGCUCCCGCCGGCAAUUCUACCGGCUCGCCCCGUCGAGGAUGGUGUCUCCACUUUGCGACUCUAAGUUACUUAACCACCGCCCCUCGAUCUUCUCACCUACAGCUUCUCAAUUCGUGAUCGCCGAUGGAAUCAUCCUCCGUCAGAACCGUCUUCUAAACUCGUCGUCGUUUUGGGGAACCAAAUUCAGCAACACUGUGAAUUUGGGAGUAUCUGGAUGUAGUAGCUGCUCUCGGCGGAGGAGCACGAGUGUGAAUGCUUCACUAGGUGGUCUUCUCAGCGGGAUUUUCAAGGGUUCUGAUAACGGAGAGUCGACUAGGCAACAGUACGCAUCAACUGUCGCCUCCGUUAAUCGAUUGGAGACUGAGAUUUCGUCUCUUUCGGAUUCUGAGUUGCGUGGGAGGACUGAUGCGUUGAAGCAACGGGCUCGGAAAGGAGAAUCCAUGGAUUCACUUUUACCUGAAGCAUUUGCUGUUGUGAGAGAAGCUUCAAGGAGAGUUCUUGGACUCAGACCUUUCGAUGUGCAAUUAAUAGGUGGUAUGGUUCUUCAUAAAGGAGAAAUAGCAGAAAUGAGAACUGGUGAAGGGAAAACGCUUGUUGCCAUUUUACCAGCUUAUUUGAAUGCAUUAAGUGGGAAAGGUGUUCAUGUGGUAACAGUCAAUGAUUAUCUGGCUCGGAGAGAUUGUGAAUGGGUUGGUCAAGUUCCUCGUUUCCUUGGAUUGAAGGUUGGUCUAAUCCAACAGAAUAUGACACCUGAGCAAAGAAAGGAAAACUAUUUAUGUGACAUCACAUAUGUUACCAACAGUGAGCUUGGAUUCGAUUAUCUGAGAGACAAUCUUGCCACGAGUGUGGAGGAGCUCGUCUUGAGGGAUUUCAAUUAUUGUGUUAUUGAUGAAGUUGAUUCCAUACUAGUUGAUGAAGCAAGGACUCCUCUCAUUAUCUCUGGGCCCGCAGAGAAACCUAGUGACCAGUAUUACAAAGCUGCAAAGAUUGCUUCAGCCUUUGAGCGGGAUAUACAUUACACUGUUGAUGAAAAGCAGAAGACUGUUUUAUUAACGGAACAGGGUUAUGAGGAUGCAGAAGAAAUCCUGGACGUGAAAGAUUUGUAUGACCCCCGUGAACAAUGGGCAUCAUAUGUUCUUAAUGCCAUUAAGGCAAAAGAGCUUUUUCUCAGAGAUGUGAACUAUAUCAUCCGAGCAAAGGAGGUUCUUAUCGUGGAUGAGUUUACUGGUCGUGUGAUGCAGGGAAGGCGUUGGAGUGACGGACUACAUCAAGCAGUUGAGGCAAAAGAAGCAUUGCCUAUUCAAAAUGAAUCUAUCACUCUGGCAUCAAUUAGUUAUCAAAAUUUCUUUCUGCAGUUUCCAAAACUUUGCGGGAUGACUGGUACUGCAUCAACAGAGAGUGCAGAAUUCGAGAGCAUAUACAAGCUCAAAGUUACAAUUGUACCCACAAACAAGCCCAUGAUAAGGAAGGAUGAGUCAGAUGUUGUUUUCAAGGCAGUCAAUGGCAAAUGGCGGGCAGUAGUAGUGGAGAUAUCUAGAAUGCACAAGACAGGUAGGGCUGUGCUAGUUGGUACCACCAGUGUCGAGCAGAGUGAUGAAGUAUCUCAACUGUUGCGGGAAGCUGGAAUAUCUCAUGAGGUCCUCAAUGCCAAACCAGAAAAUGUGGAGAGGGAAGCUGAAAUUGNAUUGUUUGGCCGGCAGGGGGACCCUGGAANAAAGCUUCGUGAGAUACUUAUGCCCAGAGUGGUAAAGCCUACUGAUGGUGUUUUCGUAUCUGUGAAGAAGGCCCCUCCCAAGAGGACGUGGAAGGUGAAUGAGAAGUUAUUUCCAUGCAAAUUGUCAGAUGAGAAAGUAAAGUUAGCUGAGGAAGCUGUACAAUCAGCUGUAGAGGCUUGGGGGCAGAAGUCGUUAACUGAGCUUGAAGCAGAGGAGCGUCUAUCUUAUUCUUGUGAAAAGGGUCCUGUCCAGGAUGAAGUCAUAGGUAAACUGAGGAAUGCAUUUCUGGCGAUAGCAAAAGAAUACAAGGGCUAUACGGAUGAAGAAAGGAAGAAGGUUGUAGAAGCUGGUGGACUCCACGUAGUGGGGACAGAGAGACAUGAAUCACGCCGAAUAGACAAUCAGUUGCGUGGGCGAAGUGGCCGGCAGGGGGACCCUGGAAGUUCCCGGUUCUUCCUUAGUCUUGAAGAUAACAUAUUCCGCAUUUUUGGUGGAGAUCGGAUUCAGGGUAUGAUGAGAGCAUUCAGGGUGGAAGACUUACCGAUCGAAUCCAAGAUGCUUACUAAAGCUCUAGAUGAAGCUCAGAGAAAAGUUGAGAAUUACUUCUUUGACAUCAGAAAGCAAUUGUUUGAAUUUGACGAGGUUCUCAAUAGCCAAAGAGAUCGUGUUUACACAGAGAGAAGACGCGCCCUUGUCUCAGACAGCCUCGAGCCUCUGAUUAUCGAGUAUGCUGAAUUGACAAUGGAUGACAUUCUCGAGGCUAAUAUUGGCCCGGAUACUCCAAAAGAAAGCUGGGAUCUUGAAAAGCUCAUUGCGAAAGUUCAGCAGUACUGUUACCUGUUGAACGACCUCACUCCAGAUUUACUGAAAAGCCAAGGAUCAAGUUAUGAGGAAUUGCAAGAUUAUCUCCGUGCCCGUGGCCGGGAUGCAUACUUGCAGAAAAGAGAAAUCGUGGAGAAACAAUCACCAGGCCUAAUGAAAGAUGCUGAACGAUACUUAAUCUUGAGCAAUAUUGAUCGGUUAUGGAAAGAACACCUACAAGCACUCAAAUUUGUGCAACAAGCUGUGGGGCUUAGAGGAUAUGCGCAGCGCGAUCCACUCAUCGAGUAUAAGCUCGAAGGAUACAAUCUAUUCCUGGAGAUGAUGGCUCAAAUACGAAGAAAUGUGAUAUACUCCAUAUAUCAGUUUCAACCAGUGCGGGUAAAGAAGGACGAAGAGAAGAAGUCUCAGAACGGGAAACCGAGCAAACAAGUGGAUAAUGUUAGUGAGAAGCCAUCCUCGAUUGCCAGCGCCUAGGAGAGCCUUAAACAGUCAAAAAUAUUUUUGGGAAAAAGAGGAGGAAUUCAUCCUUAGAAAAAUAGCUCAAUCGCUACAUUUGGUUGUCUAAUGUCAUUUAUCUGUAUAUACUAGUACUACACUGAGAGAGGAUCGCAUACAAACAAGAUCAAAAGAAACUCUUUUCUCUUA